AUGGAGGGAGAAACUAUUGCAACGGACACGCACGCUGCUGCUGAAGGACGCACCGCUGCAGCACUUCAUAAUCCUCAGCUUCAACAGGAAGAAUUGUCAGCAACGUCUAGAGACGAGGGCUCGCCAGCAAGAAGAAUCAGCGGCCUUACUGAGACAGCAACUCAGAAUGAAGCCACAACGUCGGCAGCAACGCAAACCAGGGAAGUCGCCGAUGCAGUCCAUCCUUCAACUUAUGCGGUGUUGAAUUGCAGAGGUGGCUGUGGCAUCAGCCGUAGUCCUGGGGCACAAGUGAGUUCGUAUUUGCGCAUUCGAUCGGCUCGGCGCAACCCGUUAUCCACAGGAGUUGCAAGCUUCAGCAACGAUGCUGCUUUGCAUCUCCUGCAGCAGCAUGGCAGCAGACAUGGUGGCAACCCACCAGUUGACGAGAUAGUAUCGCUUGUACUGCAGCUGCGGCAGCAGCAGCAAGACCAGCAGGCUUUGGUCGCACUUGCUACGCAGCAACACCGAUCGCGGAGAGGAGAAAGCAGGUUGACACGACAACAGCAGCAGAUUCAGACGCAGAAGCUGCGCUUACAUCUCACGGAGUGCAGGCAUCUGCUUUUGCGGAUUGCCGAUCACACAAUAGGGGACCUCCAGCAAGAUGCCAAUGCCCCUAACGCGUCCAACGCCACCAGUGGCAGCAGCAACAGCGCUUCAGGCAUGCGUACCGUAUGUUUGUUUGGCGGCUUAGGAGGCAUUUCUGCCCUGGUGGGUCUGGCAACAGGAGCAGCAGCGCUGCCAGCUGCACUUCUGUCACGAGCAUCGCCAGCGGCUGCAGUCGAAAUCCGGGACUUGCUUCAUGUGGUGUUUAGCGAGUCAUUCUACUUGCUCAGGGAGUUUGUACUCUCGCAUCCGCCCAUUGCAGACCAGCUCGCACACAACGCUGGGUUAUUGAGCUGCUUGUUGUCUUGUCUGGUGUGCCCCUCUACCUGCGACGCCGCUGAGAUGCUGCUUGAAGAGCUGAUAGCGUCUAGGGAGACACCCCUCUCCUUGCAUUUUUGCUGUCCUUCGUGGCUUAGGGGCCAUGCGGGGGAUCAUCCAUGCGCUACUUCCUUAGGAUCUCCAGCGGCAGCGACGACAGUGGCGGUGGGGGGAGGCAAUUUGCUGCAGGGAGGAUGGGGGGAGCUUCAGGUCAGACAUAUUGCACUGCUAGCACGGCUACUGACGCUCCUUGUGGUUGAAGCAGAUGAUCGCCUUGCGUGUAGCAGCAGCCUUUGGCUGCUUCGUCGCCCUCGCUCUUACAAGCGGCAUCGCUGUGGGGAGGUGGCUGCAGUACAGAGGCGAGAAGACAUGCUGCAACAGCAACAGCAGCAACAGCCGCAACAGCACCAGCUUCACUUGCAGCCGGUAGGGAUAUCUGCCCAUCCUUCGGCUUCGGCAGGAGGUGCCACCAGCCACGCCCUUAGCAGCAGCAGCAGCAAUAGGCGCAACAGCUGCAAGACACAGAAACAGCGAUGGAGUCCGUGGUUGCUCGAGUCUCUAGGGGAUGCGCCCACUAGGCCUGAAGAGACUCGAAAGGUUCUUUGCGAUCUCAUUGAGAUGGGCCCCAUACACUGCAGUAGUGACAGCCUGAAUGAAAGCCUCGAUAGCAGCGAACAUACCAGCAGCGAGGAAGAGGCGAAUGCUUUUCAGCCCGUCGCCGCGAUCGGCUGCCGCAGUCGCAGCAGGAAGCUCCGCGCUGCUCCUUCUGUUCGCAUGCAACAAAAUGUGGAUCGGGAUAUAUGGCUGCGGCGCAGGAGGGGGCGCUCGGCUGCAGCUUUCUUGCUGGGGAGGACAAAGCUGCAGAGCGACGAUGAGCAGGUGAACGUACACCGGAGGGCCUUCAUGACGCCUGGGAGAUCGUGCUGCAGUGAGGGGGGCUGCAGCAGCCGGCAUAGUACCAGCUGCAGCGCUUGUGCAGACAGCAACAGAGAGAUCCUCCUACAGCAGCCGCAGCUCGUUGAGAGACUGGUAGAACUGCUGUGGCUUCAAUCCAUACCUCUCCCCGGCUUCCUCUCUGGAGUUACAUGCGGGGGUGGGGCAACUGCUGCUGCGCCCGCUGCAGCAGAUAGCGGAGACGCUCUGUUGGAGCUCUUGCAGAGGAGUAACACGCCGCUAUUCGAUCUUGUUCUGGGGGAGGCAAGUGGACCUAGGCCUAGCACCCGAAGGAGUCGGCACAGCAAUGCACGUGCAAGCGACGCGAUGAACUAUUCGGCUACGUCCAGUGCGUCGUGGAGGCGCAGCAGCAACAACAGUGACGCUCCAGAAACUGCAGCACAAGGCGGGAGAGGAGGCUUCAUGCCCCUUAUGUCCAGACCACGGAUGCCGUUCAGCCUUCUGCAUACGAGAGGGACGGCCGCUUCAGUUGCGCAAGCUGCUGACACACGCCGCCGAUCAUCGAAUGGGGGGCCGCCCGCAGUGCGUCCUACUGUUGAAUCACGGCUUGCCGGAGGUUCUUCUGGUGCUUCCGUAGAAGCAUCUGCAGUGGCCGAUGUGCUAGUGAGCGGUGGAGGAGGUUCUCUAUUUCGGCGCCUUUCUCCGUGGCCUCUCGUUGGCGAUGCAGUCGUGCGCGGGCAGCCUGAGGGGGCAGCACCUGCGAGCAGCGGCAGCAGGAGGAAUUUGCAUGCCAACGCGUCCUCCACGGAUGUAGACAUGUCACCAGCAGAGCAGGAGGAGGAAGCAGCAGGAGAAGCGCCUACACCCGAAUCAACUGCGCCGACUGGUUUGGCAGCAGAAGCAACAACCGCUGCUGCUGCUGGGAUCUCUGUCGAGCUCACAGCAGACACAGUCUUCACCACACACGACGAUAUCGCGUCUCUUGUGGCUGCUGUCUCUGCCGCAAGUGCCCCGAGCAUCGGCAUUGAGUUCGUAGCGCCCUUGUCUGUGCAGCAGCAGCAGCAAGGCGGCAUGGCUGUCGCUGAGUUCAGAAGCAGCGGCCUGCCAGCAGAAGUGCAGGGGGUCGAGUCUUUGGGAGUGGGAACGGCUGCAGAGGGACUUAGCGCUACUACCAGCGCAGCAGUCGCAUCCGCUUCAGAAGCCCGUCGACGAGCUCGAGCAGCUGCAGAUGCAGCAGCUGCAGCAGAAGCUGUUGAAGCCGCCUCGGAUGCGAUCCGCGGGGUGGUGGAGGAACCGGUUGCAGCCUCGGGGGGGGCCAUAUGGACGGUGUCUGCCCUCGUCGGGGAGAGUCCGCAGCAGCAGCAGCAGCAGCAGCAGCAGCUUCGAGCACUUGUCCACGUGCUUUUGCAGAGGGCAGACGACUCGGAGGAUUCCACGCCAGCCGUUGGAAUCAGUGGAUUUGCUGCAGGAGCUGAAGCGUCGCAGCAGGUGGUGCAGAUUCAUCAAGGCCUCGGGGUGCGGGACGAGCUGCAGCUGCGGCAACUCUUUCAUAGGACUCAUGAGCUGUACAGACAGCACAGAGCUGCACUGAAGCGCCGCAAUCGCCGGCGAAAGCGGAGUGCUCAGCAGAGCAGUGGAAGCCCUGCUGGCAGCGCCUCCCACGUUGCUGGAGCAGCAGCGUCUGAGCGACAGCAGCAACCCGAAGAGGCAUUUUGUCGAGAGCAGCACGCUGAACACGAAUCUCAGCAGCAGUCGGACCAGCAACAAGAGGCCAGUUUCAUGGGGCGGUUGCUCCGGAGGCUGUCGACGCUUUCCUUUGGGAUUUCCCGUGGGCAGCACGCCGCUACAGCAGAAGGGAGUUCUAGCGAUGCUUCUGGUGUGCGGAGGCCUACUCCCCAACGCGUUGGAGAUGCGGCUAACAGCUCUGUCGCGGAGGGUUCGCCAGAGGGCAGACAACACUUGCUACGCCGUCGUCGCAGGAGGCGCAGUUCAAGUAGCGGGACUAGCGAUAACGGCGGUUCCAACAGCCGUCACCGCAGCAGCAGUGGCAGCAGCAGUGGCAUGCGCAGCAGCAGCAACGACGGCGUCAGCAGCAGGGAGGCGCCGCAGCAGCAGAGUUUCCCCUGGCCUCCUAGGCCUCCUGGUGCGCAUCGUCGGCUGAAGAAGAAGGAGCAAUAUGGCGAGUCGCGCGAGCAAGGACUGUCUCGGCGAGAUCGCUACAAGAGGCGAAAGUUGCAGCAGCGGCAGCAGCGGCGGGUGCGUUUGCAAGGGACUGAUGGCUUCCUGCGUCAGCCGCUGAUGGAGAGUCUAAGUGCAGAUGAUCCGUACAGCAGCAGCAGCAACAGCAGCGUCAUGUCCUCUGGCACGGAGGACGAAUCUUCUGAGCUACAGCAACUGAAACAACUGGAAAUCAAAAAGGCUGCAGCGGCAAAUGCUUGUCGUCCUCGAAUCCCCUUCAGCGUUGGUGCUGCCUUGAGGGCCACUGCAAUCCCGCCGCCUUCAGCCACAGCAGAAGCUACACCCGAGGACGCUGAGCCGUUGGUUGUAUUCGACCCUGAGCUGCCAUUGCACGAGCAAGCGCAGCAAGUACUGCAGCUUUACGCCUACAGGUCCCUAAACGACGUUGGCUCUUCCCCUUUCACCCGCGUUCAGGAGCAGCAGGAGCAGCAGGAGCAGCAGGAGCAGCAACAACAGCAGCAGCAACAACCCGCCGUCGCCGCUCGAGCUGUUGGCGAAUCCCCAGGGGAGGAUGGUGUAGCAACUGCAUCCGCAGGGGCGGAUGGAUCAGCCGCACCCCCGAGCAGAACACUCUCCUGGCAACAGUGGGCGACAUCUUUCUUGGGAGCAUCAGGCCUGUUCUCCGAUGCUGUGGCAGCAGGAACGCCAGAUGGUGCGGCAGAUGCAGCAACUGAGGGAGGAGCGGCAUCUGCAAAUCCAGACGAAGCCAGCGCACACUCCAACACAGCAGGAGCAGCAGGGCGACCUCCUCGCAAUCCACCUGAGAACGCCAAUUCGCUGCAACAUCAGCAGCCACGCCGUGAUACACCUCCAGAAGAGGAGCAGCAACAGCUCUCGACUGGCUCGGUGCAUGAAGUGCUGACAGCGGCCUUGCAGACGUUAAGGGGUGUUGCCGCGCGAAGCAGCAAUGGGGCGCUCGAAUUGAUUCUGACCACCGUUCUCCAACAGAUAACUCCUCCAGAACAGAACUACGUUAUUCGCAUUGGGUCCAUCCUUCAGCACACACCGGAACUGUACUUUGUUGUUUGUUCGCUCUUGGGAGGCAAGACGCGUGCUGCGGUGCAAAGACGCCUGGGGCGUCUUGGCAUCGUUCGGCUGCUUGGAAAUUUGCUGGAAACGCAAGUAUGGUUUAGACCAGAUCCUUUUGCCCAUCAGUGGCUGCAGGCUGACACCGCUCAGCAGCAACAGCAGCAGGUGCAGGGUGAAGCGGAGGCGGACGACCUGCAGAGAGCAGACGGCAGUCUCGAAGCGAGUCCUUUGACCACAGGUGCAAGUUGUGCAGAGAGUGCGCCUGUUGGAAGCGGUCCUGCAGAAGCCUCCACAGAUGCGCGUGCUUCAUUGGGGGAAGGCUUGGCAUCAAGGAGUCGCUGUCUGUCUGAUGAGGGCGCUCGAAGAAGUAGCGUCAGCAGCAGCAGCGUGUAUACGAUGCCAGCCUCGUUUAGCGUGUCUCUUUCUGCUUUGCCGCCUCCCUCCCUCUCUCUGGACAUGUUUUGCUGCUGUGAAACGUCUCUGUGCGCCUUCGCCCUAGAAUUGCUGCGUCUGAUCCACGAUUUGGCAGACUAUGAAUGCGGCCCGGUAGCUGCUGACAUCAGGAGGGAAAUGCUUACGCCACACGAGCGAAACAUUGUGAUGCAUGCCUUACGCGUGCCGCGUAGGGUUGAUCUGCGUCCACCCUUGAUCCGAGCAGUACGGCAGCGACUCAAGGUCAUACACCCCCAUCCUCUGGUAGACGCCGAAAACACACGGAAAUCGGCACAGCCUUCUGCUGGAACGGCCAGAAUCGCAAACAGUGAUGCUCUCAACGUGACGCCCUCUAGUGAGGUAUGGCAGCAGCAUCAACAGGAGUCAGGAGGCGGCGAACACGAAACUGCGGAAGCGAAUGUCGAGGAGGUGCAUGAAGGGCAGCAACACCAGCGGCCAGCGUCAGCCGACACCAGCGGCAGCUCCAUUGAGGCAGCAGGAACGCAUCGCUCCAACGAGCAGUUCGGUCGCAUUGCGACACGCUAUAUUUUUAAGGGAACAGCGGGGUUGCUAUCGCGCCUUAUUUGCAUAUACGGGCACGAGCCUCCCUCUUCAGUCUACAAGUUUUGGCUGGCCUCGUCCAUAGAAGCGUGUAUUAGAGGCGCUGACCCCCUCAUAAAGGUGUUUGCGGCUGAGAGUGGAUUGCUGCAGAUCAUCCUCAGGGAUAUGCACGCAAUUGCUCUCGAACAGAAAGCGCAUCUCGAACAGAAAGAACACUCUCCCCAGAGCCAGCCCAUCUCCACCCCAGCAACGGCGGAUGCCUCUAUGGAUGCGGACUGUACAACACGGAGUGACAGCAGCAGCAGCAGCACAACGAGGCCGACUGCCAACACCAGCAACACAGGAUGCGCGGCGCACCGUGGAAUGCUGCAGUCCUGUUGCGACCUUAUGGGGGAGCUGCUCAAGUUCAACCCCUAUGUACUGCUGCUCCUGGAUCGGCACUUCGCUCGGCAUCCUGAAGCUUUUAGGAUUUUUGUCGCUACUAUUGAAGAUCACCUUAUCGACACGAACGUUCUGGUUCGGAGUCUCUUCCUUACUUUCGAGUUUUGCAGGCAGAUAGCAAGGGUUCACGCGCUUGCAGCCAGGAGCAUCGCCGCAUGCUCGGAUUCAUCAUCCGGGAGCGAGAGGGACGGAGGCUCGACGGUGCAGGAGGAUCUGAGAAACGCUACAGGGAUGACCGCAGGGACGAGUACUACAGCCGCAGAGGCACUCGAACUGCAUGCAAAACAGCGCGCCUUGCCUCUGUGGAGGCAAAUGCAUUUCUUUGACCGCAACUCCUCCAGCUCUGUUACUCUGCAUGGGCCUCAAGGCGGUGGAGUGCACGUACAACAGAAGCGAGCACAGCGCACCUCCUGCCUCGCGCAAGGCAAGCCGCAUGAUUCAGACUCGUGUUGCGCAUCGGGGGGCUUUGCUGCACCCACUGGACUGACUGUGCCUUUUGCAGACGGCGCGGUUCUUAGGGCAUUGCUGAACCGCGGAGGCAGCAGAGUUUGCAGCAGUGGUUUUGCAGUCCAGACAGCACAGCAGGAGCAGCCGCUUCAUGAUGACGUGUGUUACUGGGACGUUGCGCCCUUGGGCGUAGGGCUUCGCCCCGAUCCAUCUCCGUCGAUGGUGGCUUCUGUAGUGCGGGGUAGCAGGGAACUGCAUGCAGUGUUUAGUGGGAAGUACCGAGUCGAUGUGAAUCUACUUCUGGAUGAACAGCAAAGCCCGCUUGCAAAGUUUCUUGCUGAGAGGAGGACUGAAAUACUCAAGAGGCUCAUGUGCGUGGUAUCCUUCGAAGGGGUUGUUCCAGAUAGCAUUUGCUGCGUAAACACAUCCCUUGUGUUGCUCCUGUUGGCACUACUGGAUGGGAAACUGCCGGAGACCUUGCGAGAUAUUAAGAAUCAAUUCAAAGAAGCUGAGGCGGAGGUUGCUCGAGGCGGAAACCCUCCAGGAGUGGGCGCUUCCUUGAGAAAACUGAUUGAGUCCGGUGAAUUCGAGGGAGAAAAGCACUUCCAGGACUACUCACGCCAACGGGACAGCGAGUCUGCCCUCAUGAACUCAAUGGGGAUCGGGAUAUUCAAUUUUUGGCGCUUGCUGCAUUUCUGGCGGGUGCAUUACAUCAGACGGAGGAAAGAUGCCCGGGGAUUGGAAUUUGCCUGCCAGAUACCACUUGAGUAUUGGCACGAGCUGGUUACUAUUCUCUGUGGUACGUCGGAAGAACCAACGAGUCUGGCUUAUCCCCAUUAG